ACUUAGGAGUUCUGAAAUUCAGGGAUAGAUAUUAACAAAUCUUUCAGGAAUAUAUAAGGGAGGCAGGUAGUGUUCCUGUUGUCCUAUCAUUAUGUUAUGUUUUGAUGUGUCGGUAUAGCUUAUUGCCAGCGGUUCUAUAUCCAUAACAAACAGGAAAGGAGAUAGUGUGUCUCCUUGUCCACAUCAUCUAUAAAUUUUAAAGGCCUACUGAAAGGAGAUUUUCGUAUUUAAACGGGGAUAGCAGGUCCAUUCUAUGUGUCAUACUUGAUCAUUUUGCGAUAUUGCCAUAUUUUUGCUUUAAGGAUUUAGUAGAGAACAUCGACGAUAAAGUCCGCAACUUUUGGUGCUGAUAAAAAAGCCUUGCCUUUACCGGAAGUCGCAGACGAUGACGUCACAAGGGUGAGGGCUCCUCACGUCCUCACAUUGUUUUUAAUGGGAGCCUCCAGCAGCAAGAGCUAUUCGGACAGAGAAAACGACAAUUUCCCCAUUAAUUUGAGCGAGGAUGAAAGAUUUGUGGAUGAUGAUAUUGAUAGCGAAGGACUAGAAAAAUAAAAAAUAAAAAAAAUAAAGUAAAAAAAAAAAAAGGCGAUUGCAUUGGGACGGAUUCAGAUGUUUUUAGACUAAUUUACUAGGAUAAUUCUGGGAAAUCCCUUAUCUUUCUAUUGUGUUGCUGGUGUUUUAGUGAGAUUAAAUAGUACCUGAUAGUCGGAGAGUUGUGUCCACGGGUGUCUUGAGGCCAGUGUCUGAGGGAAGUCACGGCAGGUACAAGUAUGGCGCAAACUCCACAGAACUCUGGUAAGAGGCGACUUUUUACCACAAUUUUCUCACCGAAACCUGCCGGUUGACAAGUGGUCGGGAACCAUGUUCGCUUGACCGCUCUGAUCCAUAGUAAAGCUUCCCCUCCAGGAAUUUUAAACAAGGGAUCACUGUGUGUUUGUGUGGCUAAAGGCUAAAGCUUCACAACUCCAUCUUUCUACUUUGACUUCUCCAUUAUUAAUUGAACAAAUUGCAAAAGAUUCAGCAACACAGAUGUCCAGAAUAAUGUGUAAUUGCGCGAUGAAAAGAGACGACUUUUAGCCGUAACAAGAAACUCCGCGGGAAAUUUAAAAUUGCAAUUUAGUAAACUAAACCGGCCGUAUUGGCAUGUGUUGCAACGUUAAUAUUUCAUCAUUGAUAUAUAAACCAUUAGACUGCGUGGUUGGUAGUAGUGGGUUUCAGUAGGCCUUUAAAUAAUUUGCAGAUGUUAGAGUUUGUCCUAACUGCGGCAUAAGGUUCCGUAUAAAGUUAUCCUACCCAUUUAAUAAAGUUGUCUCCAAAGGCAUAGUGUCUGAGAAUCUCAAAUUAGUAGGGCCAUUCCACUCUAUCAGUGCAGUCCGUCUUCUUUUUCCUUUGGAUCCCCAGUCCCGUUCUUUUCUUUUUCGUCUGCAAUAUGCUUUCUUUCUCUUUCAUGUAGUCCCCUACCCCAAAAAACUGCAGGAAUGUAUGUUUUUCUUUGGUGCACAAUCUGGGUAUGAAGUCUGUACCAACAGCUAAACAAACAUUUUCUUGGCAGGACAAGGACAAUGCACUUAUGUAAUGUUUGAAUUCCCUGUUAGUGAUAUGAAAACACACACACAUUCACACACACAGCCCUCACCUCCCACCCUGACACUAUAGAGCUCAGCUGCUCAGCUAUGCAAUUUCACACAAAAACAUCCCAUGGUUGUGUCCACUCAGGCGGUCGGUUGUGCUUUGCAGGCUGAGCAUAUUUGCUUUUAGGUAGGGGACCCAUCAGAACAUCACCAUCAUCAUCAUCGUCAUUAUCGUCAUCACCAUCAGGAAACAAAGUGGAAAUAUGUGCAGCCAGGAAUUCAUCGCACUCGUGUUUCUUCUUGGAUCCCUGGAUUUAAAUCUGGGAGCUGUCCAGAGACCUGACUACGACGAAACGCCCACCCCAGAGUUCCUCAACCCAUCUUGGAUGUCCACCAUCCCUGACGACCGUCCCCUCUCUGAGGUCACCAUGCCGGGGACCCACAACACCAUGGCCCUGUACGGCGGCGUCUAUGCCGAGUGUCAGACGUGGGGCCUGGACUCCCAGCUUCAAGCUGGCAUCCGUUUCCUGGACGUGCGUGUCCGCCAUGUGAAUGGUAAACUCCUCAUCCACCAUGGGGUGGUAUACCAGAAGGCUCACUUUGGCGACGUGCUGGGGGGCGUGGCCGACUUCCUGAGCAACUACCCGAGUGAGACUGUGCUGAUACGCAUCAAGGAGGAGCAGAGCGAGACCGGAGACCUCUAUGGGGCGGUGGUGGAGUACGUUAAUCGCUAUGCUCACUGGGAUCUGCUGUGGCACAGCCGCCUGGUUCCCACCAUGGGUCAAGCUAGAGGGAAGCUCAUCGUCCUGCAGGACUUUCAGGGGCCUGACUUGGGGAUGCGCUACAACAGUCUCCAUAUAGCUGAUUCCUGGAAGGUUACCACGCUUGGCCAAGUGACCGAGAAGUGGCAGAGCGUUUAUGAUCACCUGGAGACCGCACCUGUUGGCGACAUGGCCCAGAUUUAUCUCACCUACAGCAGCGGCGCUGGCUUGUUUGCAUUCCCCAGGGCUGUGGCCCAACGCAUCAAUCCUAAACUCUAUGACUACCUGAGGGAGAAGACCAACCUCCUGAACCAACGUUUUGGAAUCAUAUGCAUGGACUUCCCGGCUGCACCCAUUAUUGAAAGCAUCAUUAACUUCCAGCUGAAGAAUGAGGGAGAAAAACAAUUCAUAGUUUGACCUUUAACAGUGUCUUUCACUCAAAAUUUAAAAAGCAUAAAAAUUCACAAGUUUGUCUGUGUUUUGUGCCAAUAAAUUAAUAAACAAG